AUGAUGUCGAGUGCGUUCUUGGUGUGUAAAGUGCGACAUAAUGUGAGUCUGUCACCAUGUCACGCCACUGAGCCACGCGUAGGAAUCGAUCAGGAUCUGACAGAGCAGCUUAUGCGCUAUUCAGAGCCUUUACAGGGUGUAGUAUUGAGCUUUAGCAACGUACAGCUGGACCGACCCUAUGGCGCUAUUGUGAACGAGAUGCCGUUUAUCCACUGCAAAGUCCUGGCGGAUGCGCUUGUAUUUCAGCCUCAAGUGGGUAUGCAACUACGUGGUAUUGUCAAUAAGAUAGGCAGCAACCACAUUGGUAUGCUCUUUGCGGGCGUCUUUAACGGCUCAGUGGCUGAAGCGGAGCUGCCCAAGGGAUUCGUACAUAACUACGCUCAGGACUGCUGGCUGGGUGAGGAUGGCUCGACCAUCUCUGUGGAAGAUGAAGUGGAUGUGAAAGUGUUGCGUGUUCAUGUUGCUGGAGGAAUGAUUGCGAUUGAGGGCACGAUGCGUUUUGCCAACGUCAGAGUUGUGACACCUUUGUCGGUGAAAAAGAUUAAGAAGGCUACGCAUCUUAACUUGGAAGCAGGAGAGUCGAUUACGAAGUCGAAUAAGGAAAAGAAGGUCAAGAAACGGAAGGAGGGUGAGGAAAAGAAGCUCAAGAAUGCAAAGGAGGUGGAGGUAGUCACGGUGAAAAAAACCAAGGUGGUGGAAGGUGAGGAAACUCAAGUGAAGAAGGCCAAGAAGACCAAGAAGGUUGAAGAAUUUGAGGUGAAGAAAGUUUACGUUGAAGAAGCCACUCAUACGAACGACAAGAAGAAAAACAAGAAGCGCAAGCUUGUGGAAGAUGUAGUAGAAAAGGAAGAGGAGAUGGUAGUGGUGAAACCAAAGAAACACAAGGAAAGAGACGCCAAGAAGAAAAAGCACAAGAAGGGCAAGCAAGACUAG